CUGAAUGGUACUUUUCACCACACCCUAUAAUAAAUCUUAUUCUAAGGCAUUUUUCUGCGGAUCAGCCUCGGGCACGUUAACGGGACACAGCAGGAUUACUUUUUAUUUCUACUGUUUUCUAAAGGAUCCUGAUUUAAAGCACUUAUUUUAAUCCUAUUUGGAAGAUUAUCUUACUUAUUAUAAGUGAGGACUGCAGAGAACUGAGCAGAACAGAGCAGAGAAGGAUAUAACUUCUGCGUUUUUAAUCCUUUUCUAGAGUUUUUCAGUCUCUGGAACAAUAAACUUUUAAUUUAAUACAACUAUAAAAUAAACUAUAAUAAAUAAUAUAUAUAAACUAUUACUAAAAAAUAUUUAAACACUCUAAUCUGCUAUUUUUUUUUUUAAAUCCACAUUUUUAAGAUUUUUUGGCGGCUCCAUGGCGCUCAUGUGCAGACAGAUCACCGGCAGCAUGGCGAGCUGUGCGGGCUGGGUCGGGGUCAUCGUCGCCACGGCCACCAACGACUGGGUCCGCACCUGCGACUACUCGGUGGCCACCUGCGUCCGCAUGGAGGAGCUGGAAUCCAGGGGACUCUGGGCAGAGUGCGUCAUCUCACCGGCCCUUUAUCACUGCCAGACCCUCAGCCAGAUCCUCACUCUGCCAGCCUACAUCCAGACGUCCCGUGCCCUGAUGAUCUGUGCAUGUCUGCUGGGUCUCCCCGCGAUGCUGCUGGUGCUGAUGGGGAUGCCGUGCAUCAGGCUGCAGAACGACAGCUUCGCCAUCAAGCUGCGCCGCGCCCGAGUGGGAGGCGUCCUCUUCAUCCUCAUGGCUUUGUGUGGCAUCAUCUCGACGGUCUGGUUCCCCAUCGGCACACACAAGGAGGAGGGUCUGAUGUCGUUCGGCUUCUCUCUGUACGCCGGCUGGGUCGGCUCCGCUCUCUGUCUCCUGGGCGGCGUCCUCAUCUUGUUCUGCUACGGCGCCGACCCCGGGACCCCGACCAGGGACAACAGCUUCUACUACUCCAGGCAGGGCGGCACGGCCGCGCCACUGGACCCCCCCGCCAACCACGCCAAGAGUGCACGAGUGUGAGGCUGUGGUUCUCUGACCCCUCGUUGUAGAGACUAUCAUAACCAAGUAUAUAUGAGCAUAUGGGGGCAGCCAGGAGCCAAUCACAGCCACAGAAAUUUCUCCUUCUUCUCUUCUUUAUGCAACUUUUACAGUUUUACAUUGUUUAGAAAUAGCAAACUGUUGCUUCUAUGUGUCGAUGAGCUUUUGUAAUUUUAGAACGAUUGAUUAUCAAACUUUAAAUAGCAUGAACACAUUUUUUUUAGAGAAUUUAAAUUCAUUUAAUCCCACACAGAUAGAUUGUUUUAUGUACUAAUAACACUUUUAUACUCUUCAUAUUCUCCGUAUAAUCAAUAUGUAUCAGCUGUGUGCCUGUAUUGUAGGAUUUUUGUCUGCGGCUACAAAUAAUAAAAGUUUUUAAGUAA